AUGGGGAACCUCAGGAAGAUGCAAAAUGAAAAUGAAAAAAAAUACUUAUUUUCACGUAGAGGAAAAGGAAAUAUAACGGCACGAUCACAAGCAUCAUCCAUCUCGCUUCUCUUGUUCCAAUCACAAAUUUCCAUAAUUUUACCUUCCCUCUCUUUCCCCCGUCCUCCUCCGCUUCCCUGCAGUACGCGAGCCUCUACUUCCUCACUGAACACGACACCAACUUUAGCUAUGUUUUGGAUUCUUCUUCCACUCCUUUGCAGCCUUGUGCGGGCUCUUGCUGUAGAUGAGCGCAUGCUGGCAUUGGUGGUGUACGAUUCACGUUCGUAUGACAUUGAAAAUAUCGGUCAAUUCGACAAAGAGAUGAAAAACGUCAUUGACAAAUUGCAAAACCUCGACAUAAAUUUGGUAUAUAAGGGUUAUAACGACGAGGAUUUGGCAAUCUUGUCGAGUUCCGAGCCCAUAUAUGACCAUUUGGUCCUUCUUCCUACGUCAAAGAAGGCAAUUGCUGCCAAAUCGAAAUUCAACCAAAAGACGUUGAUGGACUUUAUCGACCACAAUGGCAAUAUUCUUGUGGUGGAUAACGUCGAGUCGGCUCUUCCAGACGAUAUACGUGCCAUUCUCAACGAGGUGGGAAUUUAUCCCGCUCCCAAGAACUUUCGCCUUGUAGACCACUUUGAGAGCGACGGCGAGGCGGUGCAAUUGACGUCCCAAAACUUGGUUCCCAAUAGCGUUGUUUCGUCUUUUGAGUCCCAGUCAUAUUACGGCACAGCAGCAUCGAUUUCCAACAACAGAUUGUUAUUUCCAAUCGUCAAAGCCACGAAAAACUCCAUCACCGUCGACCUGGGAGACGAGCCCAUCACCCAAGAUAGAACCUGGACAUUCGGGGAGCAGGGAUUUUUGAGUGUUGGUUUCCAGGCGUUGAAUAAUGCUCGUCUUGCGUGGGUUGGGGCUCCUUCGCUUGUUUCCGAUGAGUUGAUCCAAUGGGUGUUUCAGGAAAAGAACGUUUUGAAAUUGCAGUUUGUUCAACAUUACAAAGAUGAAUCCCCACAAAACAUCAAUCCUAGCUUGUACAGGAUCAAAGACCAGGCUAUCUAUACCAUUGGUGUUUCCCAGUACAGAAAUGGUGAAUGGGUUCCAUACAAAAUUGAAGAUCCCAGCCAACAACUUCAGCUUUCAUUCAAAAUGUUGGAUCCCUACCAAAGGUUGAAUUUGCAGCCCUUAGGUCCAGCAGCGUCGACUCCCCAAGGUCCUGAGGACUGUUUUGUCUACUUUACCAACUUCACUGUCCCUGAUCACCAUGGUAUGUUCACGUUUGAGUUGGACCACCAGCGUGAUGGAUAUACGUAUUUGCUUGAUAAGAGAGUUGUUACCGUUAGACACUUGGCUAACGAUGAGUUCAAAAGAUCAUGGGAUAUCACCAAUUCGUGGAUGUACAUGACGAGCGCAUCGUUGGUGAUCGUUGCGUGGUUGUUGUUCGUGGUGAACUUUUUGUAUGUGGGAAGUACCGACAAGGUGAAGAAGAAUGUAUAG